UUUAACUUGAAACUCAUCUUCCCUCUGCUCUCCAAGCGUACGGCUCACAAUAGCUCACGACCUUAAGUCGCUGCUUGCAAUGGCGUCGACCAUCGAGCCCGAGCAAUUAACCGGCCAUUCCCAGCACGUUCUCGUGAUGCGCCACAGCGACCGCGCGGAUGACUACACGGACCACAGCAACCACGCAGACCACAACUUCGACGAGUCCAAGCCAUGGGACGCUCCACUGACCAACGCGGGCCGGAUCAAGGCACUCGAAACUGGCAAGAAACUCCAGGCCGAGCUCAGGUUUCCAAUCCACCGAAUCAUCACAUCGCCAUUCCGACGGUGCAUCGAGACAGCACGGGAGCUGAUCGCUGGUCUCUCCACGGAGGGAAAGGAGACCACAAAUAUUGCGCUAGACGAUGGCAACUCCGCCGACUCAUCAACAUCAGGAAUCAAGGUAUCCAUAGAAUAUGGAAUGAGCGAGGUGUUCAAUGACGUCGCAAUGUGGUAUCAUCCCACGGAUCGCGAUUCAUGGGGAUUUGACAUAAAGAAGCUUGAGACUUCAUUUCCGCCCGGCGUCGUGGAUCUCACACCGCACCGGGUGUUCAAGGAGCUGCCACAAUGGGGCGAGAGCGAAUCCAGGGCGAGAGAUCGAUACCUCCACACCAUUCACUACCUCGUUGACAAAUACCCUCAAGAAAAUUUGCUGUUCGUCACUCAUGCGGAUGCGGUGAGGAUCGUGGUCUCAACAUAUUGGAAGGAGGCAAGAGGGCACGACUUAAAGAUAGGCUACCGUGGGAGCGCACGUCUCAAGAGGCAAAUUAUUAGGAAUGGCGAUUCGUUCACCGCUAAUAAAUUUGAGAUUGCAACGGACCCCGAGGAAACCGGCAUCAAGCGCAAGCCGAUUCAAUACGCAUGAACUGGUGUUUGCAAUUACGGUGUGUGAUGGAGCAUUUCAGAGGGUUUGAGUCGCUUUCUAUGUUGUUCUUGUCAUUUGGAGGUCGUGUUAAAUCAUUUUAGGUUUGGGGAUUUUUCGUGUUGAAUCAUUUUGAUGUUAGGACAAAUUAUGUUUGCUCAUCCUCUUUAUAUCACGACUUACGUGGUCACUGUUAAAUUUGAAAGUUUAAUCAG